GUGUAAAUUUAUUGAUUUUAAAUUUUAAUUGGUUUGCUUUGCACACACACAAUAUGGAUACAUCACGAAAAGCAAGGAAUCCGAAUCCAAGAGAGAAUGCAAAUCCAUUAUCAGUUCUAUUUUUUGCUUAUGUAAUACCAUUAUUUAAAAAAGGCUACAGCACCGAUUUAAGUGAAAAAGAUCUAAAUGAUCCAUUACCUGAAGAUUAUUCAGCUGUGCUAGGCGAUCGAUUAGAAAAAAAAUGGAUGAUACAAACGCAAAAGAAACAGCCAAGUUUUUUAAAAGCUGUGGUAGCUGCAUUUUGGUCGGAUUUAUUAAAGACAACGAUAAUGUUGGCAAUCUUAGAAUUAAUUGUACGUCUAUUACCACCAUUGUUGCUAGGACAGUUAUUAUUAUAUUUUAAGAAAGAUUCAACAAUGGAACAAAAGACAGCAUUAAUUUAUGCUGGUUGUAUGAUCGCUGUAUCAUGUGUAUCGGCAUUUUUAAUCAAUCAUUAUAUGAUUGUAGCAUUACAUUGUGGAAUGAAAAUCCGUGUUGCAUGCUGUUCAGUGAUUUAUCGUAAGUCUUUAAGAUUAAGUAAAACUGCUUUGGGUGAAACAGCAACAGGAAAAGUUGUAAAUUUAUUAUCGAAUGACGUGAGUAGAUUUGAUAUUUUGUUGCCGAUUUUGAAUUAUUUAUGGACGUCACCGAUUUCAGCAUUAAUUAUUUUAUAUUUUAUUUGGACGAAAGCUCAAUGGGCUGGAGUUAUUGGUAUGGGUGUAGUUUUUUUUGUGGUACCUAUACAAGCUUAUACUGGAAAAUUAUCUUCAAGAUUUCGUUUACAAACUGCAUAUAAAACUGAUGAACGUGUUCGGCUGAUGGAAGAAAUCAUAAGCGGUGUACAAGUUAUAAAAAUGUAUGCAUGGGAGUAUCCAUUUGCAAAGCUUAUUAAAUUUGCUAGAAGAGAAGAAUUAAAUAUUAUUAAAAAAAAUGCAUAUGUGCGUGGUUUAUAUAUGAUGUUUGUAUUAUUUACGACCCGUUGUGCAUUAUUUAGUGCUAUGGUUGCAAUGGCAUUAAUGGAUAAGCCAAUUACAGCAGAUCAGAUUUUCGUAUUCCAAUCAUUCUUUGCCAUACUUUCGCAUACAAUGUCUGGCAUGUUUGUGAGAGGUAUAUCUGAAUUAGCUGAAAGUUUAGUGGCGAUGAAACGUUUACAAAUAUACAUGAUGUAUGAAGAAUUUCAUGAAGAUAAUUCACCAUUAUAUCCAGGUCUAGAAAACGGUGAAAAACCACCUCUAAUUGAAGAGAAACCAAUAAAAGAUACAAAUGUAGCUGUGAAAUUAACAAAUUUAAGUGCCAAAUGGAAUCCAGCAUCUACAACUGAGCAGUUACAUGACAUAAAUUUAAAAAUUGAUAAAGGAAAAUUAGUAGGGAUAAUUGGACCCGUGGGAAGUGGAAAAAGUACCUUAUUACAAACCUUAUUAGGUGAAUUAGAAACUACAAGUGGUACAACUGAAAUAAAUGGAACAAUAUCGUAUGCUAGUCAAGAGCCAUGGGUGUUUGCAGCAUCAGUAAGACAAAAUAUUUUAUUUGGACAGACCUACGAUAAAGCGCUGUAUUCUAAAGUUGUAGAAGUGUGUUCUUUAAAACGUGAUUUUGAACAAUUUCCACAUGGUGAUAUGACUAUGGUGGGGGAUCGUGGUGCUUCGUUAAGUGGUGGCCAAAAAGCUAGAAUUAAUUUAGCCCGAGCUGUGUAUCGUAAAGCAGAUAUUUAUUUAUUGGAUGAUCCAUUAUCAGCUGUGGAUACUCAUGUGGGCAAACAUUUGUUUGAAGUGUGUAUAAAUGAUUAUUUGGCUUCCAAAACAGUGAUUUUGGUUACGCAUCAAUUACAAUAUAUGAAAGACACUGAUCAUUUAGUAAUUUUAAGAGAUGGUCGUAUUGAAGCUCAAGGUACAUUUAACGAAGUAAUCCAUACUGAUUUAGAUUAUGCACAAAUGUUAACAGCUGAACCGGAAAUAAGUGAAGAAGAAUUACAAAUAGAAAUGGAGAAAGCAAAAGAAGCAGCUCGAAAACUUGUCCGACAAAAAACAGCGUCAGUGAAUAGUGCAAGCUCUGCCGGUGAAAAUGAGGAUGCUACAUUAAAGGCUCAACUAGCUGAACAAUCAUCCAAAGGCACAGUGAAAGGGAACCUUUUCAUGAAAUAUUUUACAUCUGGUGGUAAUAUUUGUGCAGUAAUAGCUGUAUUCAUAUUAUUUUUAAUGGCUCAAACAAUUGCUAGUAGUUGUGACUUUUUCGUGUCUUUCUGGAUUAACGAUGAAGAACGUAGGAAUGGAACUACACCCGAACUUUUGCCUCAACAAACAGAAAUCUAUAUUUUUACUGGCUUAAUAGUGGGAUUAUUUAUAAUUGCAUUAACACGGUCAUUUGCAUUCUAUUUGCUGUGUAUACGAUGUUCAUCAAAAUUACAUAACAGUAUGUUUAUUAAUAUAAUUAAGACCAAAAUGAGAUUUUUUGAUAUCAAUCCAGCUGGUAGGAUUUUAAACAGAUUUUCGAAGGAUAUGGGUGCAAUUGAUGAACUGCUACCAAAAGCUGCAUUAGAUGCAGGACAAGUAAUAUUAAUCAUGAUUGGAUCAAUUUCUUUAACUGCAUAUGUUAACCCAUUCUUUUUAGUACCUGUUGUGAUCAUUGGAGUACUAUUCCAAUACAUUAAAAAAGUUUAUCUAAAAACAUCGAAAAAUGUUAAACGAAUGGAGGGAAUAACUCGUAGUCCCGUUUUCACACACUUGAAUGCAACGUUACAAGGUUUAACAACGAUUCGUGCGUAUAAAGCGCAAGAUAUAUUAAAAGAAGAAUUUGAUAAACAUCAAGAUCUAAAUACUGGUGCAUGGUACAUGUUUAUAAAUGCUAGUUCAGCGUUUGGAUUCUCAUUGGAUCUAUUGUGUUUUAUUUUUAUUGCAACUAUUAUAUUAAUAUUUGUUUUAAUUAAGUCAGACAACAAUGCUGGUAACGUUGGAUUGGCCAUAACACAAUCAUUAGCUUUAACUGGUUUAGUACAAUGGGGUAUGCGUCAAACGGCCGAAGUACAAAAUCAAUUAAUGUCUGCUGAACGUAUAUUAGAAUAUACUAACUUAGAACCUGAACCAAAUUUCGAAAGUGAUAAACCACCACCAAAAAGUUGGCCAUCCGAAGGUCGUAUCGAAUUCAUUUCAACAUCAAUGAAAUAUGUUGAAGAAGAUCCAUUUGUACUAAAAAAUUUAAAUAUUGUUAUAAAUCCAUCGGAAAAGAUUGGUAUUGUGGGUCGUACCGGUGCUGGAAAAUCUUCACUAAUUGCAGCCCUGUUUCGUUUGGCUAUAAUCGAAGGGAAAAUAUUAAUUGAUGGUGUUGAUACAAAGGAAAUUGAUUUACAAAAUUUACGUAAACGUAUAUCAAUUAUACCACAGGAUCCGGUCUUGUUCUCGGGUACAAUGCGUCGUAAUUUGGAUCCAUUUGAAGAGUAUUCCGAUUCUGUAUUAUGGAAUGCCUUAGCAGAUGUUGAACUCAAGGAUAUCGAAAGUAGCGGUAACGCUUUAGAAUGUAAAGUUAUGGAUCAUGGAUCAAAUUUCAGUGUUGGUCAAAGACAAUUAGUUUGUUUAGCGCGUGCAAUUAUUCGUAAUAAUAAAAUUUUAAUGUUGGACGAAGCUACGGCUAAUGUGGAUCCACAGACUGAUGCGUUAAUUCAAAAUACGAUUCGUGAAAAAUUCGCAAAUUGUACAGUAUUAACAGUUGCACAUCGUUUGAAUACAAUUAUGGAUUCCGAUAAAGUUUUGGUUAUGGAUGCAGGACAAAUGGUAGAAUAUGAUCAUCCCCAUUUGCUAUGUCAAAAUAAAAAUGGACAUUUUUAUAAAAUGGUUCAAGAAACUGGUCCAGCUAUGACUGAACAAUUAUUAAAAAUUGCACAAGAUUCAUUUAAUGGUAAAAAAUUAGCGGUUACAUAUUUGUAAAUAAUUUAAUUAUAAUUUAAUUUAUGUAUUUUAAGUAUACUUGUUCCUCGGCUAGAU